AUGAGUGACUUCGUUGAAAAAGUUCUGGAAUCGGCAGGAUUAGCUGAACUUCUUCAAACAUUCAAAGAUCAAGAUAUUGACGAAGAUGUCCUCCGUAAAUUGCCUGAUUGCCAAACCGGAUCUAUUGAAGAGCGCCUGUUUGCUGCCAUUGUUUCGUCAGUUGGGCGGAGGCUGAAAAUUAUUAAUUCUAUCAGAGAAGUCGUCGCCAAAGUUAGCGAACAGCAUCCGACGCCGAGAGCCGAGGAAACACAAUUUAAUUUAGUUCUGAUUGAUAGUGAGGAAAACAGUUCACAAAUCUCACAAUCCAUUAAUAGUUUUGAGCAAGAAUCCAUUUGCUCUGUAAAUAUUUAUGAAAGUGACAAAUGUUUAUUACUGGAAGAUGCAUUAUUUAAUGUAAAGGAUAUCAUAAUUCAAUCCGAUAAUGAGAAAGGUACGACCAAAGGGCAAGAAAUGUUGCAGCAAAUCAUUCAUCUCGGAAUGGCCACGUUUCAGAUAAAGAGUUUAAUUAAACGACGGACUGUAAAUAAUCUCAUCAAAAACCAUUCCAACUAUCCACCACGCCAUGUGAAGCAAAAUCUGGCUCACUGUAUCGCUUCACAAUUAUUUGGACAUCUCACCGAACAGCAGCAGAGUGAUAUUAAAAGUUUAUUCUAUAGUGAUGCCAAGUCAAUUGAGACGGAGAAAGUUGAUGUGAGAGGGAAAAUUAUUUACAAAAACAUUCCAGCAACAGGAUUGAUCGAGGACCGGUUAAAAUAUGUGCGAAAUAAAAAUAGAAUCUCAAUCAGGAAGCAGCCUAGAGUCCCCGAAUCAACUGUUAUUGAUCCUGCUGCGGAGGAGUAUGAAAUGAAAUCUUGGUUAUCAAAUUCCAACUCGCCAAAAUCGCAGGUGUUACAAUAUAUGAAGGACACCUUUAAUUUGCGGAGCCUGGAAAUAAAAAACACUACUAAUUUGAUCGACACUUUAAACGAAUGGCCGCAUUUGCUUGAAACAUCUGGUGUAAUAGACGUUGACUUUGAACGAUUGAAUCCGGGGAAGUCUGAACUACUUCUAAGGAAGUGGCCAGGCGUCGCAAAACAAAUUUGCGAAUUUGCUGAGAAGUCUCAAGCUAAAGCAAUAACAGAGGCAGGAAUUAAAAAACUGUUUUCCAAAUUAACAUCAGAUGAGAUUGCCAUUGCUGCCUUUGUAAUGCUGCCGUAUUUGACCUCAACGUCCGCUUAUAGGAAGAGAGGAGCCAAAAAAGUUAAAAUAACUGCUGCGGCGGCUGCUGAAUUUUUUAUCCAAUUCGUUUCGAAAACUUUUGAUUUGGAGUCAUUGAAGACAAGUGAAUCGGAACGACGCCAACCUUUUGUUAUUUGUGUAGGAAAUUUGGCAAACCUUGAAAUUAAGGACGUCUUCGUUAUGCUAGAACGGAAAUUAAUUAAGUCUCCGACAAUGAUGUCAGCGGUAGAUCUAUGUUUUAAAUUGUUCCAUGUUUUGAAACUUAAAUUCCCUGAUGAAUGUUACCCGGUCUGGUCAUUCUUUGAUCACUGCGCCUAUCAGAUCAAAGAAAUUGUAUCUCCUCCCGCAUCAGUAUUAGCGUUAGGAUCUCAAAUUAAAAUUUAAUUAAUUUUGUUUUAUUGUUUGACUCGGAUAUUGAU